CAGCUCGUCUCGCACCGCUGCUGGAUGAUGGCUGUGGAUUUCAGUGGACGCUGGAAGCUCUAUGAGCAGGAGAACGCAGAGCACUUUCUCAGAGCUGUCUCCGCUCCAGAGAUUUACAUUAAAAUGAUGAAUGAAGUCAAACCUCUGACCACCAUUCAGCAAAACGGAGAUGAGUUCAUCAUCUGUGUGAAAACUCCUCUGAGAAGCAUCACGAACAGCUUCCGCAUCGGCACUGAGAGCGAGUUCAACACCAUGGACGGCCAGAAGAUCAAGGCUACAGCUCGACUCAUCGAUGGGAAGAUUGUGAUUGAAUCGGAGAAAUUCACACACGUGAGAGAGAUUGAGGGCGAGGAGAUGAUCGAGACGUUCUCUGCCGGAAGCACGACUCUCGUCCGGAGGAGCAGACGCCUUUAACUCUAUACUCUUUAACCUUUUACUAUAAACUACUGAGUCAAUAUUUUUAGAAACCUUGUGAUAAAAGUAGGCUAACAUUUAACUUCAUUGAAUCAUUUUUUGACAUAUAUAUAUAUAUAUAUAUAUA